UCAGGCUUAAUUAGGACAGCUCUAAUGAACAUGGACAGAGAAGCAAAAGAAUAUUAUGAAGUGAUUAUCCAGGCCAAGGAUAUGGGUGGACAGCUGGGAGGAUUAGCUGGAACAACCACAGUCAACAUCACUCUCUCUGAUGUCAAUGAUAAUCCACCCAGAUUUCCACAGAAGCAUUAUCAGAUGAGUGUGCUGGAGUCCGCUCCUGUCAGCUCCACUGUGGGCCGCGUGGUUGCGAAAGACCUGGACGAAGGCAUUAACGCAGAGAUGAAAUACAGCCUUGUGGAUGGGGAUGGACUGGAUGUCUUUGAUAUUAACACUGAUCCUAAUUACCAAGUUGGCAUCAUAACUGUGAGAAAGCCUUUAAGUUUUGAGAGCAAGAAAAGCUACACCUUGAAAGUAGAGGGUGCCAACCCCCACUUGGAAAUGCGGUUCCUGAAUCUGGGUCCCUUCCGAGACACCACCACCGUCCACAUCAGCGUGGAGGAUGUGGAUGAACCUCCUGUGUUCGAGCCCAGCUUCUACUUUGUGGAAGUGCCCGAGGAUGUGGAGAUUGGAACCACCAUACAGAUCAUUUCUGCCAAGGACCCGGAUGUGACCAACAACUCCAUCAGAUACUCGAUUGACAGGAGCAGUGAUCCGGGGCGGUUCUUUUACGUCGACAUUACAUCAGGAGCACUGAUGACUGCAAGACCUCUUGACCGGGAGGACGUUUCUUGGCACAACAUCACUGUGCUGGCCGUGGAGCUGAACAACCCCUCGCAGGUGGGCAGCGUCUCCGUGACGGUGAAAGUCCUGGAUGUGAAUGACAACGCGCCGGAGUUUGCAAGAUUUUAUGAAGCUUUUGUUUGUGAAAACGCCAAAGCGGGGCAGCUGAUCCAGACAGUGAGCGCUAUUGACAGGGAUGACCCACAGGAGGGUCAGCACUUCUACUACAGCCUGGCUCCGGAGGCAGCCAACAACCCCAACUUUACUCUAAGGGACAAUCAAGACAAUACAGCGUGGAUUUUGACAAGGCGCUCUGGCUUCAGACAACAUGAGCAGAACAUCUUUUACCUCCCCAUCCUGAUUAGCGACAACGGCCGCCCCGUGCUGAGCAGCACGGGUACGCUGACCGUGCACGUGUGCAGCUGCGAUGAUGACGGCAUGGUGAUGUCCUGCAACGCGGAGGCCUACGUCCUCCCCGUCAGCCUGAGCAGAGGGGCACUCAUUGCGAUCCUCGCCUGCAUCUUUGUCCUGCUAGUGCUGGUGCUCCUCAUCCUCUCCAUGCGGCGCCAGCGGAAGCAGCCGUACAUCAUCGACGAGGAGGAGAACAUCCACGAGAACAUCGUCAGGUACGACGACGAGGGCGGUGGGGAGGAGGACACGGAGGCCUUCGAUAUCGCCGCCAUGUGGAACCCGCGGGAGGCCCAGCUGGUGGUGAAAAACCGGCAGGACAUGCUCCCUGAAAUAGAGAGUCUCUCCCGAUACGUGCCUCAGGCGUGCGUCAUGGACAACAACGUCCACAACUACGUGCUCGCCAAGCUGUACGAAGCUGACAUGGACCUGUGGGCGCCUCCCUUCGACUCCCUCCAGACGUACAUGUUUGAAGGGAACGGCUCGGUGGCGGAGUCGCUCAGCUCCCUACAGUCGGUGACGACAGACUCAGACCAGAGCUACGACUACCUGACGGACUGGGGGCCGCGCUUCAAAAAGCUGGCCGAGAUGUACGGUGCCACGGACAGCAGCGGGGCUCUGUGGUAACGGACGAGGAAUGGCAGAGGGGUUUCAAUGCGAAACAGUGUCCGGUUAGGUCCAUUCUCAUCAGAUGCUUCCAUGGACAUGGGUGAGGCCUCCUAAAAAAAUAGCAAUACGGUGCUUGGAUGAGAAUGGGAAGAAGGGUGCGAAUGAAGGUCUCUCUGGAUCAGCUUUACUCAGUUAAAUUAAGUCACGUUUUUGAAACAGUGAGAAGCAGAAGGAAGAAAGUAUUUUCCUGUUUUUUACAGCAAAAUUGGAAAGCUCCACAACUGGAAUAUAAUGACAUUACUCUCUUUCUCUCUCCCUCCCUCUUUCUCUCUCUUCCUGGUACACGGCAGCUUACUGAGCUCUAUACGUCUGGGUUCAAAGAUCUGUAAACUCCAACCAUAAUCUCCGACUCACUGAGAAAUUGCCAGCAUAGAAAAGUGGUUCCCCACUGGUUAUUUUUCCCCCAUUAGAAAGAAAAAAAAAUUGCUUGCUAACAAGAGGGAAAAAAAACCUCCCACAAAGCAGAAAAUUGAAACUGGAAUCUCAGAGGGCUCUUUGUAAACUAAACCUCCUCUCUCUGUUGCUAACAGAGUCCUUUUUUAAUCCUUUAGAAACAAGGCUGAGGUUUUUUUUCCACCUGGCCGAGCGGGCUGGGGAAGAGGCUUUGGAUUUCUGCUCUAGUUUAAUGGCUGAUCUAUGAGCGUUAACACUAAUCCAUCUAUCAAGUUUGUGUAAAUUUAUUCUUGGCUCUUUAAAACCAUGACUCUGCUAAACUGCUCAGAACAAAACCAGAAAAUCUGCCUCUUUUGCACUGUAGAUGUCUCUUCCAUGUGCCAAAUGUGAAGAUUAGAUUCUACCAAUGAAAGCCAAAUAAAUUUUAAAAAAAGAAAAAGCUAUAUUUGGUAACUACAUGGGUUAGAUGGGCUUUCCUAAUCUGUGUGAGGUCAAUCCAAGGGAUGUUUACAUACUGUAGAUAACCUACUUGAACAAAUGCAGUAUUAUAGACCAAUAAAUGGAUGUAAGAAAAUUACAUGUAUAAGUUUUGUAUAUUUGUUAAUUUUGGUAAUAAAUAUGAUGUACUGC